AUGAAAAUUGCCAAUAGCCAACAAGUACCCCCCAAUGAGUCCGACUUGGGAUGGUUCACCUUAUCCUCAAUGAAUUCCAUUCAAUCUCUCCCUCUGCCAGAACUCCCACAGGACAUCAUCGAAUUAAUCAUUGACCACGUCGCCAUUCUAGAGCCUGCGGCUGAAGCGCGAACUUCUCUUCAAGCCUGUUCACUUGUAUCGAGAUCUUUCACCUAUAGGGCGCGUCAACAACUUUGGCGCAAUGUCGUCUUUCCUCUGUAUCCCGGUACCACCAAGGCGGUCCCUGGAUCUAUUAACAAGCGUGCCAACCAAUUUAUCCAUACUCUACAACAAAUGCAGGACAAGGGCUUUAUUUCCGAUAUACAUUCUUUUCACCUGGUGUUCGAGGAUCCACCACAAACUUCUUUUAAGCUGAAGUCCCUUCAGCAACGUUUGCUUUAUCGCCCAAUAACUCGCCUCUUCAAGAAAUCUAUCAUAAAGUCAUAUGACAUUUUUUAUGUAUUUGAAGAGCUAAAGAAGCGUCAGCUCCGGCACAUUAGUAUCGAAAACAAGCCAAAAAACCGAUUAAUCCUUUUCUGGAACCACAAUCCAGAAACUUCCUCUUUACAGAUGGCACUCCUCCAGUUGUUGGCAAGUGCCACCCUUCGGACCUUCACUCUAUCUAACAUCACCGGACUAACUAGCGAGAUUGUCAUCGCUGCAUUCUUUUCCAAAAAUCUCCAAGAAAUCAUGAUACACCAUAGCGUGGUGAAGCACAACGGACGAUUUGGUGAAUCACCGAAUAUCUCCAAAAUAACUGGAGAGCUAGCGAAUUUAACAAGAUUGGAACUCACUGGUGGUGACUACUUUGAAAUUCUUUAUAUACUCGUCAAACAGGCAGAAAAACUUCGCAUCCAACAAAGCCCUUUAUUCCCACAAUUGCAAACUCUCGUGUUAUCGGUCCCAGGAAGCGAAGACAUCAUAACAAUUGGCCCCAGUACUGUCAAAUGGGUAGAGUCCAGCCAACAAGCCCUGAUCAACUUUCUGGCAAUCCGAAAUCUUGGUAAAUAUGUGACAACCAUCGAACUCCAUUAUCAUUUCAGCGGAUGUCGAACUCAUACCGAAGGCGACUCGCUGGGAACUUUCAACCAAGCCAAAUACUGGGAGGCGGUUGAUCGGAUACUUACCAGCGAGGUGUUCAUACAUCUCCAACUGGUCAAGAUUUGGAUCAGCAUUCGGUACUAUCCAAGUAUGCAUAACAAAACUUACCCAAUCCCACCAGAGGAACUGGACGACUUUGCCGAAUUCAGGCUCCCGAGAAUUAACAAGGCAUCCCAUAUUCGGCUGGAGCUAAACGGAGAGUUCAUUUUAUCUCGAGAGCAGGCGCUUUGA